AUGAAGACAAUCCAAGAGCUGAGAAGCUCUGAAAGCAACCAGGGCCUCACAACAGAGGAAAUCAUAGCUGAGUGCAAAACAUUUUUCAUCGCUGGGCAAGAGACUACAAGUAAUUACUUAACAUUUGCCAUUAUUCUCCUGGCCAUGCAUCCUAACUGGCAAGAGAAAGUACCCUCAGAAAUACAAGAAUUAGGAAUGAUUCUGAACGAGGUGAUCCGGCUCUACCCACCAGCUGUUAAUAUUUCAUUGAGUCACGAUACAUCUCUGUGGGGAGAGGAUGCAAACAAAUUUAAGCCUGAGAGGUUUAGUGGGGGAAUAAGUAAGGUUGCUAAGGAUGAGUCUACUGCAUUUAUCCCUUUUGGAUAUGGGUUGCGGUCGUGCGUGGGCCAAAAUUAUGCUAUGCUUGAGACCAAGGUUGUCCUUGCCAUGAUUUUGCAACGCUUCUCACUUGUUCUUUCUCCAGGUUAUGUCCAUGCACCCACAUCACUUCUGACGAUCUAUCCUCAGCAUGUAGCUCCAAUCAUUUUUCCUAGCUUGCAGUGCGAUGAGAACACAGUUUGCAACACUUGA